AUUGCUGAUUUGCAGACGAACCUGGCCAACUUUGCGGCCGCAGGCAUAUUUCAAGAAUCACCAGUUGCAGGUUCCCUUAUUGAGGCCAUGCGUGGUCUCUCUGGGAGGCAUACAACAUUGUGUCAGAGGCAUAUAGCUAGUCAACACGUCAGUCCACUGUGAUCCCGCCCACCUUCCCAUAGAGGUAGCUUUUCGUUGCUGAUCACCACACCGCUGUCCUUGGCGAAGCCGCCGGCUUGAAAAGAAGCUUCUUGCUUUAUUUCUGGGGCAGCCACCAACUCCAAGAAACUCAUCAGCGUCGACUUGAGCACUCCUGGAGAGACAAACACAGAAGAACAAGCCGCAACACACUGUCGCCCGUGCUAUCAAGUCUCUGCCGCCUAUAUCCAAGCCGCUUGAACGGCAACUCCACCUACCUCAACCACAAAAAUGGCAAUCGCCGGUCUAUCGCUGGGCUACCUUCUCUUCACCCUUCUACAUUUCGCCCAGUUCGUGCUCGCUGUCACUGUCUGCGCGCUCUAUGGCAUCGAUCUCGACCGCGCCCGGAAGGGCAACGUGCACGCCGAUGGGAGAUGGGUCUACGCCGAGGUGGUCGGUGGUCUCUCGGCCCUGACGAGCAUCCUCUACUGCAUCCCCUCCAUCCUCAGGUUUGCGCUGGUUUGGGCAUGGAACCUGGUCCUCUUCAUUCUCUGGAUCGCGCUCUUCGGCGUCUUUGGCAAGAUGUACAUCAAUGAAGACGCGAAAGGAAACGGCGACAUCCAGCGCAUGAGGAACGCCGUAUGGGUUGUCCUUACCAGCGCUCUCUUGUGGCUCGUCGGUGUUCUGGCCCAUUUCAUCUACUGGUGGGGCCACAGAGAACGCCGUUCUCGUUUCACUAGUCGUGCGAGGGUCUAAGAUGUUUGUGUGGUCGGUUACGGAUUAUUGAUACCCGGAAAGAUGGACGUGUAGCACUCGGUUGCGAAGAUACCCUGCGGCAAAGGUUUGACGG